GGGAGCUCAUGGGUCUGGGAGCCUGGAACUCUUCUAGGCCUGCUACUGAGUCAGUGUGGCCUGGGGCAAGUCAUGUACCCCUCCUGGGCCUCGGGUCUCCAGCUUGCGCUUUGUGCCAGCGUAGGCCGGGACACGCUGACGCGGCUCCAUUCGUUUCCUCUGCCAGGGUUCUCCAGCAGCCUUCUGAGCAAUAGCUGUGUCACUGCUUGUGCAAACAAGCAGAGGACACAGCCAGCUGGGUCUGAGAGCUUCAGGGCCGGGGGUGGGGAAGCAAACAGGGAAGGGCUGUGAGAACGGACAUUCACACACAAAAUGCAGCCGAUGCCCCGGUGCUAUGCCAGGCUCAGGGUGCUGGAAUGACCCUCGCCACAAGGAUGCAAGGCCAGUCCAGUGGUCAGAGCACUAGUUUAAGACCUAGGGACCUGGGUUCAAAUCCCUGCUCUGCCACAGACUUCCUAUGUGACCUUGGGCCAGUCACUUAGUCUCUGUGUCAGUUUCCCUCUGCACAAUGGAGAUAAUAGCCCUGCCCUGCCUCCACGGGGGGCUGGGAGGGGAACUGCGUUAGAGUGUGAGUGCUCAGAUACUCUGUGAUAGGCAGCGGUACACGAAAGCCAUUCAUGAGGAACCAGAGCCCUCUGCUUCGAAAGAGCAACAUGGCUGGGGCUCGUGCGAGGAGUGCUUUCCUACUGCCUGUUCCGUGCAGACGUGCCUCCGCCGACAGGAAGUGAGGCUGGGAUUCCCCUGCUGGGAGAACCGGCCCUGUGGGGCUGCACUGCCCGGCUUAGCUGGAAUGUCUGGACUGGCAGCGCUAAGGCUGCCGCCGUGGAGCAGAGCGAAGUGGCCUCGUCCUGUCCCAGCUGGCGCAAGCCCAGUAUGAAUCCUGGGGUGCAGUUUUUGACACCCCUCCGCCCCUAAGACUUGGUAAAAGGGAUCUUCCCAGGGCAGCAGUGCUGGGGGCUCGCGGCAAUGACCCUUAGUUUGUGUCUUGGCUGCACCACGGGCCCUUGCCAUGGAGGGUACGAGGCGUGAAUCGGAAGCAUGGCCCUAGGGGAGGCCAUGUCCAUUAGGGGGGCAAUAGCAGACCUAGCACUUCAUCCUCAGCUCUGCCCACUUCCCAGAGGCCAGGUUAGCAGCAGCCCAUCAUGGCAUCACCCUGGCUUCAGGCUGUGGAGGGACAAGGCCCCAGUCUGGGCGUAACAAGCUGUGACGUGUGCAAAGCAGUGGGCCUGCACGUGACGUUGCUUCCAGUCCUUUGAAAUGCCCCUCACCUCCACCGACCCGGUCCGAGGGCUCCCGCUCUGGUGCUGCUGGGAGGGCAGAGAAGGAAAGCCCGCUCUGCUGGCUCUGAUGUCCCGGUCGGGAGGCUCUAUGACUCUACCAGCAGCCUGGGGAGACUUGGCCCCAGGGCUGGCUCUGGCAGUGGAACAGAUGCAUGGACCCUCCCUCUGGCGGGAAGGAGCUGCCCUGGCUCCCCAGGUCUUGGUGACGUUUUGUGAAGGAGCUGGUUCAGGGGUGCAGCGUUUUGUGCAGUCAGAGGGUGGGGAAGGGCCCUGCCUGUGGGAAGGGAGCAGGGUCUGCCAGGCUGGAUGCGGGGACGGGGUUGGUCUCUGGGUUGGAAGGGAUGUCUCGAGGAUGAGCAGGCCCAGGCAGCACUGCUGUUCUCUGCACUGUGCUGGAUUCUUCAGUUCUGGGCUCCUCCCUCUUCCUUCCUUGGUGCCUGCAGAGAACGGUGGCGUGUUGGCUGGCCGGGUCAUCACUUGCCCCAAGCUGAAGGCUCGCCUAGGGGACUCUGUCCUGCUGGAAUGUUUCUUCCAAAGCCUGGUGCCAGGGGACUGGAAUGUGACCAAAGUAGACUGGAUACAUAUGCCGGAAAACGGUACUCAGGUGGAGGAGAUGGUCUUCUACUACUACAGUAACCACAGUGUUCCUGUGGGACGCUUCCGGCCCCGAGUGCAGUGGCUGGGGGAUGUGGCCCGCAAGAACGGCUCCGUGAGGCUGCAGGAUGUACAGGCGGACGACAGUGGGACAUACACCUGCGAGAUCCGGGUGUUUGGGCGGAGCAGCGUCUUCAAAAACUACACCGUGCUGCAUGUGGCCUCUGCUGGACGGAGAGGGUCCGGAUUUGCAGGGGCCCAAAACUCUGAGAGCACCGAUAGCAGUGGCUGGGGGGCCAUCCUGGGCUACGUCUGUGCGACCACCUUCCUGGCCCUCUUGUUGGGAUUAGGGCUGAAGAAGUUUCUCCAGAAGCAGAGACCGACGGAGAGCGGGCCCCUGUCGAGGAGUCGGGACGACGGCAGCCGGGAUAAAGCAGAGGAAGGCAUUUACUCCCUCAUACCCUGUGCUGAGAUGCUCCAGGCUGGGCAGGAGGCAGAGCUGGGGAGCAGAAUGGACACGACCUACAUUACCAUGCGCCCCUCUGCUGCUUUCCAUGGGGCGGGCACUGCACUGCUGGAGAACAGCAUGUACGUCCAGCUGCAGAGGAAGAAGAUCCCAGUGGAAUGGCUGGAUGAGGGGAGACUGUGCAAUGAAGGAGCCCAAGAAAGCAAGAAAACCUGUGAAAAGUCCAACUGCCCAGAGGAGGAAUUCCCUUGUGCCCUGGAUGGGGGGAAAGCACCUCUGAGCCCAGCCUGGCACGACAGCUAGGGACAUUGACCUCCCCCAGGGACAAACUCUACUCACUCCGUCAGCGUGCCACAGGGCUGCCUCUCAGUCUGUACAGGGCAUGGGCUGUAUCACUCUCGCUGUCUGGGUUAUAAUCUAUUUGUGCUGUGACAGCACCUGCCAGCCCCAGCCAGGACCGGGCCCCACUGUGCCCAGCGCUGUGUAGACUUGCUGCUCAUUGAGGACAUUUUCGAAAGGGUCACUUCACGCUCUGAUGGGGCUGCUGCUUUCGCGUCUGCGCCAUGAGCCCAGCAUGGCCUGGCCUGCGACAGGGCAGUGGGAGGGCACUCCUUGCUAACUGGGGCGGGCCAGAAGUGGGGCACAGGAGGGUGAUGAAGGUAAAUGGACAUUGCUCUGGUUUCACCCUCAUUCUGCAGGCGGGCAGUGCCCUGUGGCAGAGCUUCCAUGCUCCGGCUGGGAUAUUGGCCGGUGCCAUCAAAACCCAGCGAGAGAACUCCAGGGAGAGUCCCACCUCCAGACAGGGAGGAGGGGGUGAUCAGGUGUUGGGUGCCCUGCAGCUGCCUGGGCUGGCCUGCUGCAUGGGCACCGAGCGGGCUCCAGGCUGCCAGCCUGGCACCUUCCGCCGAAGCCACAUGGGAAACAAGCAACCCGACGUCCUGGGGAAAUAGUUCAGUUGAACUGUAGCAA